AUGCCGUCUUCUGGUUUUGCCCGGUGCCUUGUCGCCGCCCUGGGCGGCAACUCCAGCCUUGUUGCGUUCCCUUCCAACGCCAAUUAUUCGGCCAUUGUUGCCCCCUAUAACCUGGACUAUGCCGUGGUCCCCGCCGCCGUUGCCUUCCCGCACACGGCCCAUCAGGUUGCUGACCUUGUGAGCUGCGCCGUUCGAUCGGGCUACAAAGUGCAGGCUAAGAGUGGCGGCCACAGCGCUGCCAACUAUGGCUCGACCACCGGAGAGUUGUCCAUCAACCUCCAGAACCUGCGGCACUUUUCCAUGAACCCCUCGACCUUCGUGGCCGAGGUCGGGCCCGGUUACCGACUGGGCGAGAUCGACGAGCUCAUGUACAACGCCGGGCAGCGGUUCAUCCCGCACGGCUCUAGCUCCCACGUUGGCCUCGGGGGCCACGGCACUGUUGGCGGCGCCGGCUACACGUGGCGCCAGUACGGAAUGACGAUUGAUCACCUCACGGAGGUGGAAGUCGUUCUGGCAAACUCGACCAUCGUCAGGGCGUCUGCGUCGCACAACCCUGACCUCUUCUUCGCAAUCCGGGGUGCUGGGGCCAGCUUUGGUAUUGUUACCAAGUUUGUCUUCCAGACGCUUCCUGCUCCCCCGCAGACGGUGAGCUUCUCGUUCCUCUGGAACACGACCGACACGGCCACGCGGGCCGAGGUUUUCAAGGCGUGGCAAGCCUGGACCGUGGGCGACAACCUCCCCAUAGAGAUGCAGUCGAUUGUUGGAAUCACGCAGGACACCAUCCUGAUGGCUGGAGCGUACUUUGGAACGCUGGACGAGUUCAACGCCCUCGGACUCCCGUCCCUGUUCCCCCCAUCCCAGGCUUCCAGCGCCCAGUUCUUCACCAACUACCUCGAGCUCUCCCAGCUCUGGGGCGAGCAAAUCAGCCAGUCCGGCCGCGAGGCCCCCUCCUACUUCUACAUGGAAUCCAUCAUCUUCCGGCCCGAGACGACCGUCCCCAACAGCGUCAUCGACCAGGUGUUCGAGUACAUCGCCACGACGGACAGCGGGGCGGAGCAAUACGACAUCGAGAUCCAGGCGGCCGGCGGGCAGAACGCGGCGGUCGCGUCCUCGGCCACCGCCUUCCCCCACCGCGACGCCACCUACAUCCUGUUCACCUUCGCCUCCACCGCGGGCAACGUUACGCCCACCACCUCGAGCUUCGUCCACAACCUCCACACCCUGAUCAAGAGCGGCCACCCGGACGAGUACUACGGCCGCUACGCGGGCUUCAUCUCGGGCCGCAUCGACCCCGCCCAGGCGAGGACCGAUUUCUGGGGUGCGAACCUGCCGAGGCUGGGGCGGAUCAAGGCGGCGUAUGACCCGCGUGAUGUGUUCCAUAAUGAUCAGGGCGUGUUGCCGGUGCGCCACUGA